AUGUCAAUUCAAUUAGAUGAAGAAAAAUUAAUAGCAAUUAAUCCAAAUGAUGUUUUAAUAAAUUUUCAAACCAAAAAAUCCAAAAUCAUAAGACUUAAAGAAUCUUUAAUAAAUCUCAUGAUUAUAAUAUCCAUAAUAUUAUUAUUAUGUAUGACAUUAGAAGUAUCAAACAUAAAUAAUUCAAUUAGUUAUAAAGAAAAUAUAAAUUCAAUAGUAUCAAGAUUAAACAAUUAUUCAAAUGAAAUUAUUGAUAUAUCAGAAAUUCCAAUAGAUGAUUCAGAUGUAACACCACCAUUAAACAUUGCUACAAAUAUAAGAGAAGAACAUUUAAUUGAUGAUGUUGAUAUAAUAAAUAUAAAUCAUGAAGGUGAAGUAACAAAUUAUGAACAACCUCAAGAUAAUUUACAAGAUCUUGAAAGAUUAGAAGAAUUAAGGUUAUAUCAAGAUACAAAUGAUCAUCCUGAUUGGCAAAAACAAGAUAAUCAUGAUGAUGUUGAAAAAAAUGAUCAUGUUAGUUUGAAUUGGUAG